AUGCCAGAGAAUGCUCGCUCAUUCUGCCAUGGAAUGUUUGAGACACCCGUGGAACAUCUUGUCUUAACGCACGAACUCAAGGGCGCCUUUCUCAACAAGAAUAUGGAUCCGGUAUACAUGGAGAACAUUAGAAUAAUGGUUGGAUCUUUCAUCCAGUACAUGGAUCGAGCUGAGGCGCAGGAACACACCGUCAAAUGCGCCACGGAAGAGACCCACAGUUGCGCUCUGGAGUGGACGACGAGAAGUGACGUCGAGCUGUUCACCGAAGUCUCCGAGCUGACGCAUAAUGUCACUGUGAAGACUCUGAUGGGCGAUGACUUUUACGAGUCGGGCAGCGAGCUCUUGAGCCUCAUGCACGCGAUGGAGCACGACAUUGACAACUUUUGGUCAUUGGUGCUUCCUGACUGGGUGCCUCAUCCGUCAGCCCGACGUCUGCAUCGUGCUCGCGAGCGUGUCAAGGAGAUCUUCUGGGAAAGGCUCAGCCAACGACACGUAGCAGCCAAGAACGGCGACGUCAAGUCUGACUUGCCGGACUACAUCACGUACAUGUUGCACGACAGGAGCACGGCACCGCUGAAGCACUGCUUUGCUGCCCAUCACGCUCUCCUGAUGUUUGCUUCUGACACGUCGACCGCCGCCGUGACCUCGUGGGUUGUUGUUUGCCUUUUGCGCCAUCCAGAUGUCAUGGCUGCCGUCAAGAGAGAUGCUCGAAGCGGAGCAAGCGACUCGGUACUCCUACAGGCCUGUAUCAAGGAGACGAUGCGUUACUAUAAUGCAAUGAAGUACUUCCGCCCUGCGUCCGUCGAACCGAAGGGCUCGAUGAGUUCCGUAUCCCUCUUUUUGAAGCAUGACGACACCGCAAACUACCCAAACUCAGACACCUGGAUGCCCGGACGCUGGCUCAACGCCGAAAACAAGCUGGUCGACCUUGCAGGAAGGGAAGAGGAGUCCAAGCCCAUGAUCCUCGGCGGCGGAAAUUACCUAUGCCCGGGCGAAAAGAUGGCUACAAUCAUCGUCACCCAGACUCUGACGACUCUUCUUCGUUACUACGACAUCAUAUGGGCGACCCUUGAGCAACCUCGAACUGUGCGUUUUGACGACCUUGACUUUGACAAGAUCGGCUCGCCAUGGCUGAAGGGCGGCCUGAAGGUGAAGGUUUCCAGGCGAGUGUGGCCAGAGUUGAUGGGAGGAUGCUAA